AUGACGCUGCCCUCUUCUUCCGUCCCACCGCAAGUUCAUGAUCUUUCUGCCUCGCCUGACGCCCUGGAACACGCCCUUUCUGCGCUGACCCGGCUGCGGGGCAAUCUUCAAGGCGCCGACCGUUGCCUGGUGGCCGGGCGCCUAGAGCUGAUCCCUGGCUGGUUGGACUCCGAUGCAUCCGUCCGGGCGGCGCUGAGCCAGGCCGCGGCAGCCUGCGAGAAGGACAAGCAGGCCGCCGCCCAAGCCGCGGCUGCCCGCGAGGUGGCGCUAAAGGCCGGGGCCGCCCAGGAUUGCUGCCGGUCGCUGGAGGCCGAGCUGGAGACCAUGCACAACGAGCGCGCAGCCGAGGCUCGCGACCGCAAGGCAGAGGAAGAGAAGAUGAAGGCCUGGGAAUACGCGGUCAACGGUCGUGACGCCGAACUGGAGCAGUCGGCGAGGGCGCAAGCCGCAGAGCGCAACCGCUUGGAGGAGCUGGAGAAGAAGAUGGAGGUUGAGAAGACCCUGCUGGAGGCCAAGGCGAAGAUUCUUGCCGAGGACCGUGUGGCCUUCAAGUCCCUGGAGGAGAGAUCCCGCGAAGCGCCGCGGGCAAUCUAUGAGAAGGCCUUGGAGAAGCCGCCGUCGACGGACGACGAAGGCCCCGCCCAGCUGCUUCCUUGUCUUGUCGAGGCGCUCGAGGGCGUCGUCGACGGGAUCGGCCCCAUGGUGGAAGCCCUGUUGAAGAAGUUCCUCGCCAUCGAGCCUGCGCUUCCAACCGAUGGCCCUGUCAAUCCUGUGGCCGAGGCCAACGACACGACUGACGGUGCCGCUGCCGGCGGGAAGGCGCUCCCUGACGACGACGCCCGAGGCUGA